GGGGUGACUCCGCCUUGACGAAGUCAUGAAACUAAGCGCUCUCCGGCACCGCCUCUCCGUGCCGCUCGCUCCACCGUGCGUUACGUUCCUCCUCUAUAAACGCCGCCUCGUACCCCCUUCCUCCGCAUACUCGUCACACAUCGCGAACACGAGGAAGAUCCCGAAACAAAAAAGAAGGGACAGCCAAGAACAAGAAGACGAGGCGAUGCAAAAAGAGAGAGCCGAGCCUGCACUCGUGGAUUACCUUAGCUUCCGCGAUCUUGGAGCCGAUCGCUUGACCUCCUCCGCACAUCACGAGUCAUCCAAGAGAAUCUCCGCCGCAGACCGCGGUGAUGAAGGCGACGACGGUUUCGAGUUCGCCUUCGUUCUCAACGACCCCGGGAAGGGCGACCAGCCGAUCCCCGCCGACGAGAUCAUCUCCGACGGCCGGAUCCGCACCCUCUGCCCCAUCCUCGACAACGGCCUUGUCCUCGCCGACGGCUCCCCUGACCGAGAGAAGAUCCGACGGCUGCCUGUCGAGGAGCCGCAGCGAGGCUUCAGCCUGGACUCGACGUCGUCGUCGGAGGCCGACGAGAUCGAGAAAAUACCACCUGAAACGUAUUGCGCGUGGACCCCGGGGCGGUGCAAGAAGAGCACUUCAAUGGGGUCGCUGUUAAGGUGGCGGAUCCGAGACCUAGUAGGGCGGCGUAGCCAUAGCGACGGGAAGGAGAAGUUCGUGUUCCUCACGGCGGAUGAGAGAAGCGGGCAUAAGAAGAAGGCAACGAAGGACGCGCCAACACGGAGCGCCAUUCGCAAUGGAAGAAAGGCGGCGGCGAAAGCGGGGGAGGAGGAGGACGAAGAGGAAGAGGAGAAAGAGAUUGGGAAGAAGAAGAAGAAAAAGGAAAAAUGUGGGCGAGGAGGGGGAGAAGGAGGCCACCGCCAUCGGCGGUGACAGGGGCUCGUGCUGACCGAACAAGGCUAACGUGCUCGGGUUCUUUGCCAACGUCAAUGGCUCCAGCCGCGUCCAUCACCUCUGCUAAUUUUUCUCUGUUCCUUUCUCCUUUUCUUAAAUAU